AUGUCGGCCGCGUCGGCCCUGGGGACUGAGGAGACCUGGGCUCCGGGCCCUGCUCUGCCCUCUCUAGCUGUAAGAUUUGUCUCUCCGCCUUGGCAGAGCUCACUUGCCAUCUGCCCUGAUGAUGACAAUGAGGAUGACGACGAUAGUGGUAGGAAUGGAAGUGAGCAUGAACAAGCCUCUGCUGUAACCACGAGGACCCCGAGGCUUAAAGAGGAUGAGUAUUUCCCCAGUCCCCAGCUUUCGAGUGGCACGCUGGAAUUUAUACCCAGGUUAAUGCUAACUCUGAAACCUGAGCUCUCAGCCUCCGGGCAGUGCUCCUUCCCAUCCCCAACCCCCAUCUGCGAUGCAGGUGACCACAUUUCCCUAAAGCCACCUGGUUCUGAUGAGCUACAGCCAUUAUUUUUCUUCUCCAUCCUGGUCAUCACGGCCGUUACUGAGUGCCCACCGAGUGCAAGGCAGUACGCCAGGGAAAUACGACAAUCUCCAAGACAUGCUCCUUUCGAUCGUGGAGCUGAUAUGUCCUGGGAAUGCCGGUUCAUCAACAUCCCCAACACAUUCCCUGAUUACACCUACUCCCCAGAAGAGGUGUUUAAGACCCAGGAAAUAUGUGCCGCCAAGCUCCUGGACAAGAACCCAUUCUCCGUCAGUAACCCGAACCCUCUGCUUCCUUCGCCCGCCAGUCUCCAACUGGCUCAACUGCAAGCCCAGCUCACCCUCCACCGGCUGAAGUUGGCACAGACAGCUGUCACCAACAACACCGCGGCCGCCACGGUCCUGAACCAAGUCCUCUCCAAAGUGGCCAUGUCCCAGCCACUGUUCAACCAACUGAGGCAUCCGUCCGUGAUCAGUGCCGCUCACAGCCAUACCGGAGUGCCCCAGCACGCUGCAAGUGUGCCCAGUGCCCGGUUUCCCUCCAAUACAAUUGCCUUCUCUCCCCCCGGCCAGACGCGAGGCCCAGGACCCUCUGUGAGCCUUCCCAGCCAGCCCCCCAAUGCCAUGGUGAUGCAUCCUUUCAGCGGGGUCAUGCCUCAGACCCCUGCCCAGCCGGCCGUCCUCUUGGGCAUUGGCAAGACCGGGCCAGCGUCCGCUGCGGCGGGAUUCUACGAGUACGGCAAAGCCACCUCCGGCCAGGCCUAUGGCUCUGAGACAGACGGUCAGCCCAUCUUCCUUCCAGCCUCGGCCUCUACCUCGGGCAGCGUGACCUACGAAGGGCACUACGGCCACUCAGGGCAAGAUGGCCAAGCCGCCUUUCCCAAGGACUUCUACGGACCCAGCUCCCAAGGGUCGAACGUGGCAGGCGGGUUUGUGGCCGAGCAGGUGGGGGGCCUGAAAGGCGAGGGGGGUCCACUGCUUCAGGGUCCGAACAGCCAGUGGGAGAGCCCCCACGGGUUCUCUGGCCAGAGCAAGACCGAUCUCACAGCCGGCUCCAACCUGUGGCCUCCCCACACCAGCCAGUCCUACGAGCUGUAUGAUCCCGAGGAGCCGACCCCAGACAGGACCCCUCCUUCCUUCGGGGGUCGGCUGAACAACAGCAAGCAGGGUUUCAGCGGGGCAAGGCGGCGGGCCAAGGAGGAGCCCGCGAUGCUGCCCGUGCGGCCCCUGCAGGCUCAAGAGCUGAAUGACCUUCACGGGGUGGCCCCCCUCCACCUGCCACACAUCUGUAGCAUCUGUGACAAGAAGGUGUUUGAUUUGAAGGACUGGGAGCUGCAUGUGAAAGGGAAACUACAUGCUCAGAAAUGCUUGGUCUUCUCUGAAAAUGCUGGUGUCCGGUGUAUACUCGGUCCAACAGAGGGAGCUCUGUGUGCCUCUCCCAACAGCACGGCUGUUUAUAACCCUGCUGGGAACGAAGAUUAUGCCUCAAAUCUUGGAGCAUCCUAUGCAGCCAUUCCAGCAAGGUCAUUUACUCAGUCAAAUCCUGCAUUUCCUUCAGCUUCCCCGGGGACAAAUUUUGCACAGCGGAAAAUGGGUGCCGGCCGCGUGGUGCACAUCUGCAAUCUCCCUGAAGGAAGCUGCACUGAGAAUGACGUCAUCAACCUGGGUCUGCCCUUCGGAAAGGUCACGAAUUACAUCCUCAUGAAGUCUACCAAUCAGGCCUUUUUAGAGAUGGCUUACACAGAAGCUGCCCAGGCCAUGGUCCAGUAUUACCAAGAAAAAUCUGCUAUGAUCAAUGGUGAGAAGUUGCUCAUUCGAAUGUCUAAGAGAUACAAGGAGUUGCAGCUGAAGAAACCUGGGAAAAACGUGGCUGCCAUCAUCCAGGACAUCCAUUCCCAAAGAGAGAGGGACAUGUUCCGGGAGACAGACAGAUAUGGCUCUGAAAGGCCACGGUCUCGCAGUCCAGUGAGCCGGUCACUGUCCCCAAGGUCCCACACUCCGAGCUUCACCUCCUGCAGCUCUUCCCACAGCCCUCUAGGCCCCUCGAGGGCUGACUGGGGCAAUGGCCGGGACUCCUGGGAACACUCUCCCUACGCCAGGAGGGAGGAAGAGCGAGACCCAGGCCCCUGGAGGGAGAACGGGGAGGACAAGAGGGACAGGACAGACACGUGGACACAUGAUCGCAAACACUACCCCCGGCAACUCGAAAAAGCCGAAUUAGACGAGCGACUUGAAGGAGGGAGAGGCCACCGAGAAAAGCACCUGAGGUCUGGGUCCCCCAACCCACUCCACUCUGCAUCAGGCUACAAAAGCCGAGAGGAUGGCUACUACCGUAAAGAGCCCAAAGGCAAACCGGACAAGUAUCUAAAGCAGCAGCAGGAUGCCCCCGGGAGGUCCAGGAGGAAGGAGGAGGCCAGGCUGCGGGAAAGCAGACACCCCCACCUGGACGACGCAGGCAAGGAAGACGGGUUGGAGCCAAAGGUCACCAGAGCCCCCGAGAGCACCAAGUCGAAGCAGAGUGAGAAAAACAGAACCAAGAGACCUGACAGAGACCAAGAAGGAGCUGAUGAUAGAAAAGAAAGCAGAAUGGCAGAGAACGAGGCUGGGAAAGAAGGCAUGGAAGGAAGUCCCCCAUCAGUGGGCAGGCAGGAGAAAGAAGACGAGUCCUCUGAUCCAGAAAACACAAGGACAAAGAAGGAUCAGGACUGGGACAGUGGCAGUGAAGCAGAGGGAGAGAGCUGGUACCCCACGAACAUGGAGGAACUGGUUACAGUAGACGAGGUGGGGGAGGAAGAAGAUUUUAUCAUGGAGCCCGACAUCCCGGAGCUGGAAGAGAUCGUGCCCAUUGACCAGGACAAAGUCUGCCCAGAAAUACGACCCUAUGUGACAACCGACUUACACCUGGACUUAGCCAAGGAUUUCACCAAGGAAGGAGCCAAAACCAUAGGUAACGGGGCUGCAGAAAUCAGCCUCACGUCGCCCAAAGAAGUACCUUCUGCUUCCACGAGCUGUCCCAGUGACACGGACGUGGAAAUGCCUGGCCUAAUUCUGGAGGCUGAGCAGAAGCCAGCUGAAUUCGAGACAGGCCUCUUGCUGGAGGGUUCAGAUUGCUACGAGAAGCAGGCAAAGGGAGCAGAGAGCUCAGAUGUUCGUCUGUCCCCUGCACUCCAGCAAAUGUCUUCCCCCAAGCCAGCGGAGGAGAGGGCCCAGCAGCCUAGUCCAUUUCUUGACGAUGACAAAGCCAGGGGGACCUCCGACGAUGGGGCUCGUGAAGGCAGCCCCCUGGAAGAGAAAGCCAGCUCCCCCACUGAAGCCAGCCUCCAAAGCCAGGCUUGCCAAGGAGUGUCAACCCAGGAAAACUCCAGGUACAUGGAAAUGAAAUCUCUGGACGUGAGGUCACCGGAAUACACUGAAGUGGAGCUGAAACAACCCCUUUCUUUGCCUUCCUGGGAACCAGAGGAUGUGUUCAGUGAACUUAGCAUUCCUCUAGGGGUGGAGUUCGUGGUGCCCAGGACCGGGUUUUACUGCAAGCUGUGUGGGCUGUUCUACACCAGCGAGGAGAUGGCGAAGAUAAGCCACUGUCGCAGUGCUGUCCACUACAGGAACUUACAGAAGUACUUGUCCCAGCUGGCCGAGGAGGGCCUGAAGGAGACGGAGGGGCCAGGCAGCCCGAGGCCUGAGGACAGUGGAAUCGUACCCCACUUUGAAAAGAAGCUCUGACACCCCUGGCACCGCGGGAGCAGGGAGAGCAGGCCCUGCGAGGUGGGGCCUCCCUGACCUCCAGGACAGGAACUGAAGCCAGAGAGGGAGGAAAGCCAGGCAGGCCACGUUGCCUGGAUUUGUUCUCAGAGACUCAUGAAAACGCCCC